UAAUACUAGAGGAUUUCUUCUUCCUCCAUUCUCAAAGCCUGAGGAGGAGGUGUUCGAUCCCACACCUCUUCGGAAUCAGAUUAAAUCUUCUUAAAAAUUCAACAAAAAAUCGUUCUAAAUUUCAAAAAGGAAGAAAAAAGAGAGAAAUCGAUGGCGUCGUCGGAUAGCCUGAGCGACAAGAACGCUGUCUUCAGAAAACUGAAAGCAAAAUCAGAGAACAAGAUGUGUUUUGAUUGUAAUGCGAAGAAUCCGACAUGGGCGUCGAUUACAUAUGGGAUCUUUCUCUGCAUCGAUUGCUCAGCCGUUCAUCGGAGUCUCGGUGUCCACAUCAGCUUUGUCAGGUCUACAAAUUUAGACUCAUGGUCUCCUGAACAAUUGAAAAUGAUGAUCUAUGGUGGAAACAACCGUGCACAAGUUUUCUUUAAGCAACAUGGAUGGACUGAUGGAGGCAAGAUCGAAGCCAAGUACACUUCAAGAGCUGCGAAUUUAUAUCGGCAAAUACUAUCAAAAGAAGUCGCUAAAAGCAUGGCGGAAGAUGCCGGUUUGCCUUCAUCCCCUGUUGCUUCUCAGUCAUCACAAGCACCUAAUGGGUUUUCUGAUAGCAAGAUUGAUGAAGCUCCUAAAGAAAGCUCUAUAGUCAAGCAAGAAAAACCAGAAGCUUCUGCUUCCCCAAAAAGUUCUCAUACAGUUGUUACAAGCACUUUCAAGAAGCCUCUUGGUGCAAGAAAGCUUACGGGGAAAACUGGGGGGCUUGGUGCGCGAAAGCUUACUACUAAGCCAAGUGAAAAUCUCUACGAACAGAAGCCCGAAGAACCAGUUGCUCCUGUUGCUUCUUCAACUAAUGACAUUGCACCCCUUGGCUCAUCUUUUCCUUCUCGUUUUGAGUAUGUAGAAAAUGUUCAAUCUACUGAUUCAAAUCAUGGUGGCCCACAAGUGCUUAAUCAUGUUGCUCCUCCAAAGUCAUCAAGCUUCUUUGCGGAAUUUGGAAUGGACAGUGGGUUUCAGAAGAAAUCAAGCUCAAAUUCCUCAAAAGUGCAAAUUCAGGAAACCGAUGAAGCUAGGAAAAAGUUCUCAAAUGCGAAAUCUAUUUCAUCAGCCCAAUUUUUCGGUGAUCAUACCAGAGCAGCUGACAACGAAACUCAAGUUACUCUGCAAAAAUUCUCAGGUUCGACGGCCAUCUCCAGCGCUGAUCUAUUCGGUCAAAGUGCAGAUAAUUCUAUUGACCUUGCUGCUAGCGACCUCAUCAACCGGCUCUCUUUCCAGGCACAACAGGAUAUCUCGAACCUGAAGAACAUGGCCGGGGAGACCGGAAAGAAACUGAGCUCUUUGGCAUCGAAUUUUCUUUCGGAUUUCCAGGACAGAGUCCUGUAAUGUAGUGUGUUUCGGGUCUCGAAAAACAUAUUUAUAUAUUUGGGCUUGUUAUGUUAGAUC